AUGGCCAGUGAAGGAGGAGCCUCGCACGCAGAACAGGUCCGUGAGCGGCGAGCUCCGCUGCCGCUGCCGUUGUCACCAUUCCGGCCUCGCUGCCGCCCGCCGCCCGCCGCCCUCGCCCGCUCCUCUGCGCCCUCGCGCCCCGCCGCCGCAGCCCUGGCGCUCCCCGCCGGCCCCGCCGAGGCCGCCUGCGCUCUGUGCCAGCGCGCGCCCCGGGAGCCCGUCUGCGCCGACUGCGGCCACCGAUUCUGCCGGGCGUGCGUGGUGCGCUUCUGGGCGGAGGAGGACGGGCCCUUCCCGUGCCCCGAGUGCACCGAUGACUGCUGGCAGCGCGCCGUAGAGCCGGGCCGCCCCCCGCUCAGCCGCCGCCUGCUGGCUCUGCAGGAAGCGGCCGCGGGGCCGGCGCGCGACGGCCCUGCUAGCGAGGCCGCGCUGCAGCUGCUGUGUCGCGCCGACGGCGACCCGCUGUGUGCCGCGUGUCGCAUGGCCGCAGGCCCCGCGCCUCCUGAGUGGGAGCCGCGCUGGAGGAAGGCCCUGCGCGGCAAGGAGAACAAGGGAUCUGUGGAAAUCAUGAAAAAGGACUUGAAUGAUGCCCGGGACCUGCAUGGCCAGGCAGAGUCUGCAGCUGCUGUGUGGAAGGGACAUGUGAUGGACCGCAGGAAGAAGGCCCUGACUGACUACAGGAAACUGCGGGCCUUCUUCGAGGAGGAGGAGGAACACUUCCUGCAAGAGGCUGGGAAGGAGGAAAGCACCCCAGAGGAUGAGCUGGCUGACCCGGCCGAGCGGUUCCAGUCUCUGCUGCAGGCUGUGUUGGAGCUGGAGAAGAAACACCGCAGCCUGGGCCUGAGCAUGCUGCUGCAGUGAAGGCACUGACCUAGCUGGGUCUCCCUGUUCCCGAGGGCAGAAGGGACCACCCCGCAUAGCUGGCCCGCAGCAGCCCCCCCACCCCCUCUGGAUCCCUUCUGCCACCAUCACCUGCCACCCUGGAUGGAGCAGCUGAAGCAGCACUAUCGCCCGAAGGUCUGGGUCUCAGCCAGGCAUUAUUUUCCUCUUCUCGAGCUGUGUGUUCAGGCUCCACCACUGCCUCACGAAGUCUAGUCUUGAGCCCUCCCGUGAAUCUCCUGUUCCUCGCCUGCCCACACAGCCUGGCACCUGGUGUUCUGGGCCAUCUUUGUGGUGCCCAGCACGGGCUGAUCACAGGCUGUUCUUCCCCAGGUGAGGGCACACGACGCACGGCUGGAUUUGGGACUGGUGCCAGGGGAGGGUCACAGUGGAUGUGACCCAGCUCUUGUAGGGAGGGGAGGAAGGAAUGGCAUGCUCUUGGCCUUUCUGAGGGUCCUCCCUCGGGUCCGGCUGUGAUUUAUGCUCAGCACCCUAGCCCUGGUCUCCCCUUGGACUGUCUCUCUUUCUCCUUAGCUUGGGCCCCUUGGCUACUGUCAGUGACCCCAGAACAUUCCCACUCUUUCCUCCCCUCCUCCCGUGGAAGGGACCCUUUUCCCAGGGAGGGGCAGGAGGCAGCUCCCCCAGACAUCUCCAGGCCUACCCUGGGGUAUCACCCUGCUGUGUCCUUGGCUGCUUGUUUCCGGUUCUCUCCAGUAGAUGGGGUUCACCACAUGCGUGAUGUGGCCAUUGCAACACUGCCUGCAGUGUUGCUAUGUGUAGAUUAGUCCAGACUGGAAUGGACAGAGUCACCAGGUCUGGGACACAGAUGCAAAUUCGAGUUUCGAUUCACUGCAGCAUGCGAUUCAGGGCUUGACAGGGGUGCAGAUGGGGCUGUUUUGAGGGACAGUUCCCAUCCUGAGGAAUCCCUGGGCUUGGAUGUAGCGGCUGUAUCUGACCUAGUUCUGUGGGCUGGGCUCUCAGAGCCGAAUAAAGUGGGUUUGGUCCAGCC